CUCCAUUAGUGGUAAGUAAAGUAUAUUAUGUAAACAAAAACACUUUCUCUCAUAUACAAUUAUAGAUUACUUGUUGUCAGAAGAGUUUGUUCCCAGUAGUGAUUGAAUUAGCAAGGCUGUCUUAACUGAUGAUAGAAUCAUGAAUAUUAUAUGCAAAAGUCUUAACAAUAGUCCACAAGAUCAACAUAUGGCCGCCCCUAACGAAUUCUUGAAUAAAAACGUCAGUGAUAUUAUAUAUCUCCUAAAAGUGCCUCUUAGUGAGUACCCGCUCAUAAUGGUAGAAGUUCGAUUAUUUUAAUAAUUGGUGUAUCUACGGUAACCACAUC